AUGUUGAUGGCGACAUUGAGGCGAUUUUCAACCGGAGCACUUAAAGUAAGUGUCAUAUAGAAAACUGCUUUGUUUGAUUUUCACGCUAAUGAUCUGCAAGCUAAGAUGGUUCCGUUUGCAGGCUAUGAAAUGCCAGUAGAAUAUAAAGAGCGUAGCGGUGGUGUUUUGAAAGAACACAUGCAAUGCCGACAAAAAGCAGCCUUAUUUGAUGUGAGCCACAUGGGACAGCUCAAAAUCCGAGGAAGAGACAGAGUUGAGUUUAUCAAUUAUCUCACUGUUGCAGAUCUGAACCAAGUCCCUGCCAAUUCUGCUGUGCUUUCUUUAAUUAUGAUGUCUUAUGGAGGAAUCAAGGAUGAUACUAUCAUCACUAGAUUUGAAGACCAUAUUGGAAUGGUCAUUAAUGCUGGGUGUAAAGAUAAAGACUUAGAAUACCUAAAUCAUUUCCUGCAGGAAUUCAGAAAUAAAGGAAAGGAUGUCACAAUUGAGCAUUUAGAGGACCGAGCACUUUUAGCACUCCAAGGCCCAAUGGCUGCUGGAAUUCUUCAGCCAUUAGUAGAAGCUGAUCUUGCUACCACUAAAUUUAUGCAAGCAAGAUAUACCCAGCUGAAGCCAUUGAAUGAGCCUGUUUUAGUUACAAGAUGUGGAUAUACUGGAGAAGAUGGGUUUGAAAUUUCGAUUGACCCAAGCAAAGCAGUUGACCUUGCAAGAAUCUUGCUUAGCGCUGGAGGCGAAAACUUAUUGCCAUGCGGCUUAGGUGCAAGAGACUCUUUGAGGCUGGAAGCUGGGAUGUGUCUUUAUGGGCAUGAUCUAGAAGAAAAUAUUACUCCAAUCGAAGCAAGCCUAUUAUGGACUAUUCCAAAAACUAAAAGAACUAAUGGAGGCUGGCUAGGAGCAGACACAGUGAUGCAGCAAAUCAGAGAUGGAACCCAGAAAAAGAGAGUUGGAUUUAUCGUCCAAGAUGGACCUUCAGCGAGAGAAGGAGUGGUUCUCUAUUCAGGAGCUGAAGAAGUUGGAAAAGUUUCUUCAGGAACCUUCAGUCCUAUUCUAAAGAAAGGAAUCGGCAUGGCUUAUGUCAAUUCACAGCACGCCAAAACAGGACUUGAAUACGAAGCCAAGAUAAGACCUAAUAAAUCAGUCCAGGUCAAGAUCGAAAAAAUGCCAUUUGUUCCAAACAAUUACUAUAAAUAA